GCCGGGCGGGGAGGGCGCGCUGCCCGCACCAUGCCGCUCAGCCUGCGCCCCGCCGCGCUCCUGCCCCUUUGUCUGCUCUGCCUCCAGGCUGCGCUGCCGCCCCGCCGCCCCCGCUACGCCGGUGAUAAAGUCAUACGCGUUGUUCCUGAGAGUGAGAGGGAGACGCAGAUCCUGAAGGCUGCAUUUAACAGGCUUAAGGUGGACUUGUGGCAGCCCAGCAGCACCUUCCACAUCUCUGAAGGUACGGUCAUCGAUGUGCGUGUGCCACAGAACACAUCUGGAACUCUGCUACCCUACCUCCAGCAAGCCAGCAUCCAGUACACGAUUCUCAUAUCAGAUCUACAGAAAGCAAUAGAAAACCAAACAGGACAGAGGGCAUCUAGGAAUCGAAGGUCCCUCCCUGCAUAUAACUAUGAAGUAUAUCACUCCCUGGAAGAAAUCGAGGACUGGAUGUAUUAUCUGAAUAAAACUCAUUCAGAUCUUGUUCAUAUGUUCUCUGUUGGAAAAUCCUAUGAAGGGAGACCACUGUUUGUACUCAAGCUAGGUAAAAGAUCACGACCUUACAAGAAAGCUGUCUGGAUAGACUGCGGGAUUCAUGCAAGAGAGUGGAUUGGCCCUGCCUUUUGCCAGUGGUUUGUGAAAGAAGCUCUUCAGACAUACCAUACUGACCCUGCCAUGAAAAAGAUGCUAACUCAGCUGUAUUUCUAUGUCAUGCCUGUAUUUAAUGUGGAUGGAUACCAUUAUAGCUGGACAAAUGAUCGGUUCUGGAGAAAAACAAGAUCAAAGAACUCCAGGUUUUGGUGUCAUGGGGUUGAUGCUAAUCGCAACUGGAAAGUGAAAUGGUGCGAUGAAGGUGCCUCACUUCACCCUUGCGAUGACACCUACUGUGGUCCCUUCCCUGAGUCUGAGCCUGAAGUAAAGGCUGUUGCUCAUUUUCUUCGCAAACAUCGUAAACAAAUAAAAGCCUACUUGUCCUUCCACGCAUACGCACAGAUGCUGCUGUACCCUUACUCUUACAAAUAUGCAACUAUUCCAAACUUCAGCUGUGUGGAAUCUGCAGCUUAUAAUGCUGUUAAUGCUCUUCAGUCUGCCUAUGGUGUAAGAUACAGAUAUGGUCCUGCAUCCAGCACUUUGUAUGUGAGUUCUGGCAGCUCCAUGGACUGGGCCUACAAAAAUGGCAUCCCAUACGCGUUUGCGUUUGAGCUGCGUGACACCGGGCACUUUGGAUUUUUACUUCCUGAGACUCUGAUCAGACCAACCUGCACAGAGACCAUGCUUGCAGUUAAAAAUAUCACUUUUCAUCUGCUGAAGAAAUGUCAUUGAGAGCUAUUUCUAGGCUCUGGAACUGAGAAUUUUACUUCCACAAUUAAUUCCUUUCAGUGAAUUUAUCAUGCUAAGCUUGGCCUAUAGAAGCUAUAGAAUAUAAUGGGAAAUAUGGUAUUGUUUCUACUAGAUUCACAUGGCUGGAAAUAGAAAAAAAGUCCAUGAAGUUGAUAUACUAUCUUAGUUAUCCAGUUGAUGUAACAUGCUUAGCUCUUUUUUGUGAUGUAUCUUUGAUUCUCUCACAGGGACUUCAGUGGGGUAGGCCAAGGGCCACAUAUAGAUGCCUGAGAGAAAACUCAGUUUCCAGACUGUCCCUGGCCUUACUGCUUUCCCAGACAUCAAGACUUCCCUCAGUGGAGUUUCUCAAACCAGGGGAUAACGUUUACAUUCAUGUAUACGCACUCUGCGCCCCAGCACCGGACCAUGUCUAUAGCAGCAAAUGGCAGCGUGACAUAUAGUUCCAGCUGGUCGUGCUACAAGUAGCAAUGUGGCUUUCUUCUGCAUGUACACAUACGUAUGUAUUUGCACUUCUGUGAUUUCUUUUCAUACAACAUGAGAUUUGACCCAAGGUUCCCUUUAACCAUUAAGAAAUAACUACUUUCCAAUGUGUACAUUGGAGUGGACAUAUUACGUUUGAAAAUGUAACUUCACUAAAGACGUGUAAGAAUUAUUAUGAAACAUUAUUGAACUGUACAGUACUGUGCUUUAUGGAGGGACAGUAGCUGACAAAGCAACUUGCCAUGACUUGCAGCUUGGAACCGGGCAGGCAACAGGUUCUUUUAGGUUUUGCUACAGUCAGUCUAUGCCCAUUUCCACGAGCUGAGGAUUUAGCCUUAAACUGCAAUUACGGUGCUAAGUGAUGUUUUAUUCAUCGGUAACCUUGCAGAGAGUUCUGUGGCUAUGUGGCUGUUCUUGGAAGUCAUAUUUUUUGCAUGCUUUAAAGGAAUUAAUAAUAGAUUCUUAAGUGGGACAGAGGUGAAAUCAGAAGCUUUACAGCUGAAAGAGAAUAAGCACCAUGUUGGAAAGAACAAUGAUGAAAGCACAAAAAAUGUAACAACUUGUUGAGGUUUUUUGGGUGCUUUUAAAAUAGUAUUUUUUUCAUCUUAUAUCUGCAAAAGCAUAUAUUUUACUUUAUUAUUUUUGCGUUUAAUCUUAUGCCAUAACAAUUUAAAUAAGAUGUAUUUGUUAAUAAAAUCAU